AUGGCUUCCGCCGCUCGCAACUUCUCCCGCGUGGCUACACGCACCACCGCCCGCAAUGCCUUUGCGACCAGCGUCCCCCGCCAAGCCUUCCGCCAGCAGGGCUCGCGCUUCUACUCCUCCGGCUCCCAGAAGCAGUCCUCCAGCUCGCCUGCCCUCCUCGCUGUCGCCGCCGCGGCGGCCGGUGGUCUUGGCUACUGGUACUACACUGCUAGCGGUGCCCCUUCCGCCGCCUCGACCAAGAUUGUCAGCCCGACAAAGGACGACUACCAGCGCGUGUACAACCAGAUUGCCGAGCGCCUCGAGGAGAAGGACGACUACGAUGAUGGCAGCUUCGGCCCUGUCCUCCUGCGUCUGGCCUGGCACGCCAGCGGUACCUACGACAAGGCUACCGGCACUGGCGGCAGCAACGGUGCCACCAUGCGCUUCGCCCCCGAGGGUGACCACGGCGCCAACGCCGGUCUCCUCGCCGCCCGCGACUUCCUCGAGCCCGUGAAGAAGGCCAACCCCUGGAUCACCUACUCCGACCUUUGGAUCCUGGCUGGUGUUGCCGCCAUCCAGGAGAUGCAGGGUCCCAUUAUCCCCUACCGCCCCGGCCGUGAGGACCGUGAUGUCUCCUACUGCACCCCCGACGGCCGUCUCCCUGACGCCACUCAGGGAAGCGAUCACUUGCGCAACAUCUUCUACCGCAUGGGCUUCAACGACCAGGAGAUUGUCGCUCUGUCUGGUGCCCACGCUCUGGGCCGCUGCCACACCGACCGCUCCGGCUUCGAGGGUCCCUGGACCUUCUCGCCCACCAUCCUGACCAACGACUACUACCGCCUGCUCGUCGAGGAGAAGUGGCAGUGGAAGAAGUGGAACGGCCCCAAGCAGUACGAGGACAAGACCACCAAGAGCCUCAUGAUGCUGCCCACCGACAUGGUGCUUGUGCAGGACAAGAAGUUCAAGCCCUGGACCGAGAAGUACGCCAAGGACAACGAAGCCUUCUUCAAGGACUUUUCCAACGUCGUCCUGAAGCUCUUCGAGCUUGGUGUGCCUUUCGCCGAGAGCAGCGAGCGCUGGACCAUGAAGCCUACCUGGGACGAGUCCAAAUAG